AUGUCACAAACUGGUUCAACUUCGAGUAAUAAAGACUCUGUUGAGAUACAGCCAAUACAUCCAAGAUUGAAUGUUAAAGAGUUUACACAAAAGGAGAAACAUCGACUGUUAAAUCGACUCUUUCAGGAACUAGAUGAUGAAAACACUAGCAUCGAAACGUUAAAGAACAACCUUUCUGAAUUGUCACUUAAGUCUGGCUUAGAUAUUGAUCAAUGGUCUAAGCGAACCCUGUCUGUUUCUGUCGACAAGAUGACAGUUUCUUGGAACGAAGAAGAACACAAAGAAGAAGACCUCGAUUUAUUACAGGAUUUACAAGAUAGUGGUAAGGGGAGCAUGGCAGGUAUCGAAGGCGUAGAGACACCGGAAAAGGAGAGAAAUGGAAAAGAAAAUGAAAGAGAAUUACUCCUUAAUUUGUUGCACAGGGAAAUGAAAUUGUCAAGUCAAUACGAAUCUCUUAUAGAUUCAUAUCAAAAUUUAUUAACGUACACAAAAGCCCAUGUUAAGGCAAACCGUGAAAAAAUAUAUGGGGUAGAUACCGAUAAACCAGUCGAUAUCAAUCAACCAAAGAUGCAACAAUUACAUUCUAGGGAAAUAAUGCAUACAGUACAAAACCGUGUUACCUCCUUGCGAGAAACCUCAGAGUUCAUCAAGAGUGCAACCGAAACGAAAAAGAUAGAAUUGGAAUUGGCGAAGAACAAUAUCAAGGAAGAAGCUUUGAAAUUAUCAAACAUACUGGAAACGUAA